UCUCAAAAACCCCUUAGCAUCUCCAUUCACAUUGUUUACAUUCCCAUAUUAUGGGAACCGAACCAAAAACUGUAAUCUGUUACUUGUAUAUUUUUCGGUAACGCUUUUAUAAAUUGUUUACUAGUGGUUUUAUUGGCUUGGCCCACCACCUUGGUCUUGGCAUGUACGAAUGCAGUCGCUGCGGUAAUCAAAGGAACAGACUAAGUCCUCGCGCCUGCGAAAAAUUCGAAAGCGCCUUGAAGGAUUGCAUAGAGGGUGCCUCCAGUUGGUGUAACUUGUGCGGCAAACUGACCUUCUUUAUGAAGUGCUCCAGUGAUUCGGCUCGGCAACUUCUCAGCAACAGCUUGGACUCGAUCGAUUCGGUUCCCCUUACCAUAUCAACUGGUUUGCUUAGAGGUGCCCUCAAUUCGCGCACUGAUAUCCAGAAUCAGCAGGCCGCCAGUCUGGCUAACCAUCUGAAUAACUGGGCCGUCGAGGCCGUGGAUCCUCCGAAGAACGGUGGAUCCUUCGGUGUAUUGCGCAACAGGCAUGGCUACUUGGUUCGGAAUCGGAACAUCCAAGAUGAGGCUGUCACACCACCAGUGACUCCACUUAAUGUUACUUCAAUUGCGAGUACUCCAUCACAGAGCGAUGAAAGUACUGUAAGUAAAUCAAGGCCUGAGGGACGGUCCAAAAAAACCACAUCAGCAGGAAGAAGUACAAGAUAUGAAAAGAUCAAGGGCAUCGAACUCUUAAGAUCCACGCCCCCCAGGCAUCUGAAUCCAGAAUUACCCCUUGAGUCGGAUCGUCGUCUACCCCCUGUUAAUCCUUAUACAAGAUUGUACAAGCAUCGCGAUGACCGUAGCCAAAAAUCUCAAACCUCUACGAAGCGAGUGAAGAGUAUAGAUGUCAAUUCUGCUGUCCCUGGUUUCACCGUCAAGGAUAUAAAAAAGUUGCAGCGUCGCUUUGCUGCCGAAGAAUCCUCCGAGCCUGGGACCUCCAAGCAGUCAAGGGAUCAAAGGAUGAACCCCUCAUAUGCCAGGCCUAAGAAUACCAGCAAUGUCGAGCUUCAGAAGAAGCUCCUUGAGAAACGGCUACAAAUGCGGAAGUUGGCUGCCAUACGAACAAGGCUCGAUGUGGAAAGUAAGAGAGCCCAAACGGAACUGGAUGUCCUGGAGAGAAGUAAUCUUCCCUCGUCCUCAAGACGAAGUAAGCGACAGAGUGGAGGAGCUCACAUGGCACUGCAACAGCUGGUCUCUAGACUGCAAGUUGAGAAACAAAUUGAAAAAGGAAAGAAGUUGCUCAGGAAAAAUAGUCUGGAGACAGUGAUGAAGGCCCUACGCGAACAAAUUAAACCAAAUAUAAAGAUAAACGAGUUGUACUGGGAUCAAACGUCCCUGGAAAGCCAUAAGCCAUCGGCUCCACCUCUAGAAACUGAAACCGAAACCGAUACGGAAACCCUGACUGAAAGUGAUUGGGUUUUCAGGCCGGAAACCAUCAUAGAUAGUGGCUCAUCAAACACACAAGCUGAAAGUAUUGUUGUGAAAAAGAAGAGGGUAAAUGUACCCCUGCCCUAUCAGCUGAAAAAUCCCAUUGCGAAACCCGGUAAUGUGGGAUUUUACAUGCCCAGCGCCUAUCGUCCCAAGGAUUAUAUUCAGCGAUCCCAGCCAUUGGGUGAAUCCCGCAGGAUCUGUGUCCUGUUGUCAUCGGCGCAGCGUGCUUUAUUUCGGAGAUUCGUAAACGAUCCCCUGGAUAUAGUGAAGUUGAUCAGGUGUCUGGAUGAAUCAACGGAGGUGACCUUGAAUGCACCCAGCGCUCAGUUCUCCACGAUAGCCUGUUCGGAGCAGGAACUGAUCCAUCUGAUCGAGAAGAAACCGCACGUGACCAAGAUGCCAAAGGCCACGGAACUGGAUGUCUCCCGAUCGCCAGUUCGUUGUCCCGAUUUCCACUGCCAGAGGCUUUUCUUCGUCUCCGAUUUGAAUAACCAUCUGCUGCUGGAUCAUCUAUCCCUGACCAUCGAGCGAAUCAAGGCGAGGGAGACCAAGACCUUCUUUCUGGACACCAACAUGACGAUGAUCGAUAGGCCCAAUUGCCACAUGGUCUAUAUGGUGCGAGAAAAGAUCUUCGAUAGGCAUGCCGAGGAUCUGCGCGAUCUGCUGCCCGUUCUGGUGAUGAGUGCUCGCACCUAUCUGACCAAGACCUUGGCUAUUCCAGGAUCUCGGGCUGCCCAGACUAUCAGCCGGGUGAAAUCCAGUUCCGAUAUGGAGCUCUUCGUCCUCUGGCUGACCGGAUUUGUGCCGCGCAAUAUGCGACCUAUGGCCACCAUUUCGCUGUGGUCCACUAUGGGUCCCACGAUGGCCAGUUGUGUUAGCGUUAAUACUGGCUAUAUCUACGAUAUCCGGGCUCCCAACGUGGUGGGUGAAAUCUGCCGCAGUCGUUGCUCCAUGGUGCUGCCCAUGAAAAUGAUCACCCAGAUGACCAAGAAUGCACGCCGAUUCCUGGCCGUUCAGGUGCAGAUCUACUGAAGAUCAAUCUACAACGAGAGCUAAAUUUUACAGUACUGAUUGGAUAGAUUUUUAUCAAAUAAAACAUUUUAAGGAUCACAGUUUUAUAACAA